UUGUUUUCUAGUUUUCCCUCUCUGCGAAACCGUAAUUUAAAACCCCAUAACCUCUCCAUCUUUCAUUUGCAUUCACGUUUCUAGAGGCUCCCUUCUAUAUCGCCCAUUUAAUAGCUUUGAACCAGUUUCUCUAGUAACAAAAACGUUCCAUGGCCGUUGAUGCUCACCAUUUAAACCCUAUGUUUUCAUCUAACAUAGAAAUGAUACACCCCGUUGAAGCAAACGGUUUAGUCUAUAACAACCAGAUCAGAUAUAACACUGUUCCAGCCACGACCAUGCCCUUUAACCCCAUCAUUGAAUGUCAAACUUCUCUGUUGAAUCCAGUUUACAACGUCUCACCGUUUGAUUCUCUGGCUCAACAGUCCAUGAAACCUUCGGUUGAUAGUUCCUUGACGUUUAACAGCGAGAAUAAUGGUUAUAGUAACGUCGAUUUUAUCCGUCCUGUUUCGUCUUCGUCUAUGAGAAAACGCCCUAGAGAAGAAUCAGUUGUUGUUAACCCUAUGCGUAGCCAGAAACGUUGCACUGAUCCUCUCAUGUUUCUCGGACAAGACUUGUCUUCUAACGUCCAACAUCACAACUUCGACAUCGACCGUGUGAUAUCUCAUCACGUUGAGAUAAUGAGAAUGGAGAUUGAAGAAAAGAGAAAAACGCAAAGUAGGAAGAUAAUGGAAGCCAUCCAACAAGGGUUGAUGAAGUCACUGAGAGCCAAAGACGAAGAGAUCAAUCACAUAGGGAAACUAAACCUAAUUCUAGAGGAAAAAGUUAAGUCUCUCAGCGUAGAGAAUCAGAUAUGGCGUGACAUGGCACAGACUAAUGAAGCCACCGUGAACUCCCUACGUUCAAACUUGCAACAAGUCCUUGCUGCCGUGGAACGUAACAAGUGGGAGGAGCCCACAGUAGCUGAUGACGCACAAUCUUGUUGUGGAAGCAACGACGAGGGUGAUAGUGACGAGCGAUGGAGGUUAGCGGGAGAAGUUAAAAGCGUGCGAACGAUAACAAAGACCAUGUGUAGAGGGUGUGGAAAAGGAGAAGCAAGUGUGUUAUUGUUACCAUGCAGACACAUGUGUCUAUGCACUGUGUGUGGAUCUUCGCUUAACACUUGUCCUGUUUGUAAAUCACCAAAGAACGCUAGUCUACAUGUUAAUCUUUCCUCGUGAAAUCUAACAAUACAAGUAAAUUGUAAAUGUACUUAAAAUAGUAAAUAGUUGAAACAGUACUCGGUUUAAAAAACUAUUCAUUCUUUAAUUUGUUUUCUUUAAUAUUUGACAUGUCAGAUCUUUAAUUUAGAUGAGGUUCACGAGGGUCC